AUGUUGUUGGUUACGACGGCAUCAUUUAUGAAUUUAUUUUCUAACUGUCUCCACAACCACGACAUUAUCCAUAUUGGACAGCAUGACUGCUCACAAGCUUCACACUUAUAUUUUACGUCAGAAGUAUGGCACGCGCAUUCUACUGCAAGCCAUAAGGGAGACGAGACAGAGAUAGAAACAGGAUAUGCUGGUUUGACCAAGGAGCUGGAACAGGCCUUUGGCCUAAUCUUUCAGAAGGAAGAAGAAGAAGGAGUUGACAGCAAUCCAGAGCAUUUACUAACAAGAACAGAAAGAAGUUUUGGUGGCUCUAAAGUAGAACCACCUUCUCGUCCGAACUCUUACUGGGACGAUCCCCACUAUCGUCCCUAUUUUGAUAAUAGCACCGAGAGAAAUGUGACAGCACAACUCGGAAAAACUGCAUAUCUGCACUGUAGAAUUCGACAACUUGGCGAUAGAACAGUUGGAGCGGUAUCAUGGGUAAGGCAACGAGAUUUGCAUAUCUUAACAGUUGGAAAAUACACUUAUACCAGUGAUCAAAGAUUUACUUCAAUUCACCUAGAAAACUCGGAAAUAUGGACAUUGGAGAUAAAAUACACCCAAAAGAAAGAUGCAGGAGUCUAUGAGUGUCAAGUCAGUACUGAACCUAAAAUGAGCCUCAGCAUCAGACUAAACGUCGUUGUUUCCAGAGCCCACAUACCGGAAGGUCCGAAUUUAUACAUCCAAAGCGGCUCCACCAUCAAUCUAACCUGCAUCAUUACAGAGAGCACUUCGCCGCCAGUAUACGUCUUCUGGUAUCACGACGACCGGAUGAUUAACUAUGACUCAUCCAGAGGGGGCAUUCGCGUGACCACCGAAAAUGGCCCAACGACAGUGUCGAGGCUAAGAAUCCAGAAUGCUCGGCCAACUGAUUCCGGUAACUACUCGUGCCAACCUUCUUAUGCAGACCCAGCCAAUAUCACGGUCCACGUCUUGAAUGGUGAAAAACCAGCUGCGAUGCAGCACGGGCGAUCAACUAACAUUGCCGUUGCAUCGAAUCCUGCAUCAAUCCUCCUAGCUGCUUUACUCUGUUCGCUCUUCCAAAUUGCUUCAUCUGUCAUACGGAGAUAA